AUGUGAGGCAGUCGAUCAGAGUCCGAGCAGCACAGGUAGCUCAAGCCUCAACAGAUGGCUUCCUGCGCUGAAAGGGAGCUCAACAGAUUCAUGGCGAGGCGCCAUACCUGCAUCUGGAAGCCCAAUCCAGCUGCUCCAUUAAAGCCUGUCUUUGCCACUGCUGAGCAGUUCUUCUAGUGUUCUCUCCGGUCCUUUGCAGGAAGUCUUCGGAAUACUUUCUCCUACCAUUGGUGGAGAGCACUUAACGAGGACAGCUGCCCUAUGCGAGAAGCACCGUAAUCUGCCCAACUAAAUGUCACUUCUUCUUUGGUAAAAUCUUCCUCAAGUGGCGUCGACUUGCAGCACAGGUCUGGGGCCGAGUCAGUUGUUGGACCAUCAAUCCAUGACCUGUAGGCGCCAACAAGCUGAGCCUGACGAACGCCCAUAGGCAGGAGAAUCUUGGGCCUGGUUCAGCAUGGUAGAAUUCUACUUUGACGAGCAUUUGUUUGAGCAGUAUGGAAUCGAGCUGGCCAAGCAGUGCCAUGGGUGCAGUCUGCAGCACACGCCGGCAAAGACGGGCUUGAUGCAACACCUCCUCGAGAAUGACAAGCAGUUCCCCCGGGAGCUUGUUCGAACAGGUGGGGUGGUCAUCUGCCAGCAGCCGCAGUGCAUGGACCGUGCUGGCAAGAAGUCGGGGCGCAACCUGCAGAAGACGACGCGGCGGUGGUACUGCGGGACGUGCUGCAUGAAGCGGGCGACCUGGGCGCAGCUCUUCCAGUGGGACCCCCAGGUGCAGGGCUGGAAACAGCUGCUCAAGGCCUGCUGGCAUUGCCAGGACCCGGUCGGGUGCGAGAAGUGCGAGAAGCUGCGCACGCGGAUGAAGGAGAUGCGGAAGAAGGUCAAGGAGGAGAAGGAGCUCCUGCGGGGGACGAUGCCGGGAGGCAUGGACCACGGAGGCCAGCUGGUUGCCGGCCCGUCAGCACCGGUAGCCCCCCAGCCUGUUCCGGCCGUAAAGAAGAACGGGAAGGCACCUGCAAAUGCAAACGCGAACAACGUGGCUGCCGGGCGCAACUAUAACACGCAGAAUCCGGACUACGGUUUUGCACUCCGAACCGCACUUGGGCUCAUCCAAUACAUACGGGACCGGGAAAGGGCGCUUGCCAAAAAGCGGCAGUCCUUGUCUCAACAAGAGUUGCACGCAAACAAGCGGCCAAAGACCGACAAGACCCACCUGAUUGCCGAGCGAGAAAACACGGAAAAGGAGGAAUCGGACAUCCGGACGGUGAAGCAGGUGCUGUUCGAGUACGUCGCGGAGGGCAUGGUUAGCUAGCCAUUGAAAAAGGGCCGUCAGGCCGUGAUAGUGCACGAAGAUCAAUGACGCUGAACGCGUCAGAUCUGCUCGCCUGUGCUUCGUAUAUGGUUCAAAAGUUUGUGCAGCGUGUUAGAACAAAAGAAUGUAAACGUCUUGGGAAAAUAUUGGGGCAACUGCCCCUGUUCUUAGCUGGACCGUACAGUGUGGAUUUUUGUAGGUUUAUGAUGUUCCUAGCGGGCAACUAUGCGAGUGGCGGCCAAAUGCUUUGCACAGACAUAUGACAAACUUAAUCUACCACAAGGUUUAUAAAAUUGAAGGCUUGGGUUAAAGCACCUUGCGUGUUCCUCGUUGCGUUUAUGAAAACACCGUUUUGAGUUUGUAGCAGCAUAAGGAUCUUGUAGCACAAUGAUUAAGGACUUCAAUGAUCAUGUUCAAUGAGGAUCAAGCGGCGAGCACAUGGUUCACCGGUAUUUAUGCUGAG